GCAAACUAAAUAUUCACCACUCAUUCUUCUUUGUAUAAUAUUAUUACUGUGACCAAAUAUUGCACUCAUCUUUAAAUCUUCAAACAAACUCCAUUUCUUCUCUCUGUAUUUCUCAUUCUUCAUAAUAUGGCUAGUCUUUCAGCUACAUGUCUCAGAUUUUGUUGUUCUGCCAAUCAGGUCAACACAUCUCAGAUAAACAGAGGGACUGUGAAGUUGGUUUCAGUGGGUUGGGGAAGGAGUAGUGCUGGUUUCCCUUCUCUCAGAACAUCCCGCUUUCGUGUUGCAGCUGCAAAGGCAGAGACAAUUGAUAAGGUAAUAAGCAUAGUGAGGAAACAACUGGCUUUACCAGCAGAAACUAAGGUCAGCCCUGAAAGUACUUUCACUAAGGACCUCGGAGCCGACUCUCUUGACACUGUGGAAAUUGUGAUGGCCCUAGAAGAAGAGUUUGGGAUUGCAGUAGAAGAAGAGAACUCUGAGAAUAUUGUUACAGUUCAAGAUGCAGCUGACCUGAUUGAGAAACUUGUUGAAAAGAAGUAGACAUUUUUAAUUAGGAUGGGAAAAUGAGAGUUUGAGUUUUAAUUUUAGCUUAAUUUUUAUGGACUCAUUGUAAUUCAUAUUCUUGGAUUGCAUUCUUUUUGCAACAUUUUGUUUUUUUUUUUGGGUAUCUUUUUAAUGAUGACUUUUCUUUAAUA